AUUUCAUUCUACUAUCUCAAAAUAGUCAACCACACUUCCAUAUAUUUUGAUCCAAAAUUCCCCUUUGUUUGUUUUCCCAUUAUUUUGCAAAUUUUUCUUCGAAGAGCUAAAUCAUUUGUUAAUCUUCCUUUUUAAUUCAUGUUUACAAACCCUUUAUCUCUUGAUUUAGGGUUUCAGUUUCUCAGAACCUUCUCGAACAUCGAUCUCCUUAUAGAUAAGUUGAAAAUUUACUUUUUUAUCCUUUGAUCGAAAUAUGUUUUUUGUUAAUAUUAGCUUUAGGUAUAAAUUUCGGUUAAAAAUGCAUACCGAAAAGCUCAAAAUCUCAUAAAAUGAAUGAUUUAUGUAGUCAUAAUGUAUUUUUCUAUGUAGUAGUGAAAUUGUUGUGUGUUUUGUAGCUAAUAUUUGUAAGGAAAUUGUUGUUGUAUAUGAUUAGUAAGUAACUGACUAAAAAUAAAAUAAAAAAUGAAGGAUCAGAAUAAGAGAUCGAAAAGUUGUAAUAAUAAACAAGUUGAGGUUGUUGUUAACGGUUCGUUGCCAGCUGGCGAUAGCGAUGUAGGCGGUGUGGAGAGUAGUAUUUUGAACGCGUUAACGGAUGCGUUUAGUAAUGUAUCGGUUGAGGAAGCGAAAUGUGCGUAUAAUGAGGCGAACGGGGACUUGAAUAAGGCGAUGGAGAUUCUUGGAGAUAUAGAGGAGAGGAAGGAAGAGGAUAAGAUCACUAGUUGCUCGAGUUCGAGUGGAAAUGUUGGUUCGAGUAACUCGGACGUGUCUUUUGGGGGUCAUUCGGUGGUUCAGCGGAAAGCUAAGGCGAAGAAGUUGGUAGCUGCGACUGGAUCGGUAUCGAUGAUGAUAGGGAAGGAUUACGUGAGGACAACUCCGAAGAAGAGUGGUUCGAAAUUCAAGGGUGGUGAAAAUUUGAGCAACGAUGAGGUCGAGCAGUUUUUGUGUUCUAUGCUUGGAGAGGACUCUGAUUUGAGCUUAGCCGUCGUCCAAGAUGUUUUAUGUCAAUGCGGAUACGAAGUUGACAAGGCUCUGAGUGUGUUGCUUGAAUUAUCAGCCUCCUCUAAUGAGCAACCUAAGCUUAGUGACUGUAGUGCAAACUGGAAAGAAGAGGCAGUUUUUCUUCAUUCAAGUGAUGGUCUUACUGAUAGGACAUCUGAUUCUACUUCUCAUUCAUCUGAAGGCGAAGUUCAAGAUAAUGUGUGGUUUUGGGGGCCUCCUGGCAGGAAUCUGUAUGCUGGAAACUCAGCACAUUCGUCAUCAUCUACAGCAGGAAAUUCUGUGGCAGAACUUCCUCAAGAAAUCUUGGAAUCUUUGUUUAAUAUGCCAACCCAUAAGAGUGCUGAACACGAACCAACUACUAUGAACUGGAAGAAUGUAGUGAAGAAAAUGACAUCUUUGGGACAAAGGUUUGGAUCCUGUCCUAAUGAUAUUCCACCACCGCAGCAUACUCAUGCUGAGGGAGCUGAGUAUCAGCUGUACAGGGAAACUGCAAAGCAACACUGGGAGUCAAUGAGAUCCCAUUUUCAGAAGGCUACAACAGCUUUUUCAAAUGGCCAAAAAGAACAUGCUGCUUAUCUUGCCGAUCAGGGUAGGCUACAUAACAGAAAGGCGCAAGAGGCUGAUGAGAAGGCUAGCCGGGAUAUAUUUGCAGCUAGAAACAAGAACAUAGAGAACAUGAUAACUAUUGACUUGCAUGGGCAACAUGUCAAACCAGCAAUGAGGCUUUUGAAACUGCACCUUCUGUUUGGAGCGUUUGUGCGCUCUGUUAGGUUGUUCAGGGUUAUCACUGGAUGUGGGGCGCAUGGCCUUGGGAAGUCAAAGCUGAAAAACUCGGUAAUUGAACUUUUGAAGAAAGAACGUAUUGAAUGGACUGAGGAGAAUAGAGGAAUGUUGCUCAUCAAGCUCGAUGGACGAAUGAAUUUUAGCUUUCUAGAUGUCGAUGACGAUGAUGAUAACUGACCUUCCCUAAAUAUGGUCGUUAGUAGUAGUUAGGCGCCGCGGAGUUUAGCAUUAACAGUGGGCCUAAAUUGUAAUUAACAUCAAUAUAUUAUCUCUUUGGUAGGUGGUGUACCUACGUUAUGGUAUUUUACGACAUUUACAUUUUCUUUCGUUAGUGUGAGAAUUGUAAAGUAGAUCUUAGCUCUAGAGUAUAGCUGAGGUCAAAGUAUCAGUGUAGAAUGCACAUUGUAGUAACUGUAAUACUAACUUGUUUGGGAAAUCUUAUGCUUUUUGUCAUGAAAAUUUGUACCUUGAAAA